CAGUCUCCUAUGGAAGCAGCUGAGGCAGGGUCAUCAUAUGUUAUAACCCCUGAGGGAUUUUUCCCAGUACUUGUGUCUGUAAGAUUCCUUGGCUCUGCAUCUGUGACUACAUAAUAUGUGUGACACAGGAUAUAACAGAAAGUGAAAGUAAAGAGACUGCUCUGCUCUGGUCUUUUAGUUUCUAUUCUGGCAAUCAGGAAGUAAGCAGAAGCAGAUCUUAUUUUUCUGCCACGUUCACUUUACUUUUGUCCUCCUCACAAAUCUAUAACCUCUAAGUACACGGUAGGUGUGAGCUACAUAGGAUUUCUAGUAUAAUGAGUACAAGUAUGGAGGAUUUACGGAAGUUAUUAGAAGACCGUGACCUUUGGAAGGAACAAUGUAAUGAAGCUGAAAAACGCAAAACUAAAAUUCUUUUAGAGAAAUUGGAAGCAGAUGAUGAUCGAAAAGUUGCAGAGAAACGUCUGCAUUUAGUGCUGGAAAAGCAGACUGAGUCUGAAAGUGCUCAAUAUGAAAAAAAGGAUCUUUACGAGAGAGAACUGCACGUUUUGCAAACCGAGAACUCUGAAUUGAAAAAACAUAUCACCGAACUUGAGAAUAAUUUGAAGGCAAAGAAGAAAGCUUUUGAGGAUAUGCAAUUUGAGUUACAGGUUGAAAACAAAUUGCCUGUAAAGAAUGUAAAUUUUAAAGAAAAGGAAAAAACUGAGGAAAAUCCAAGUAAAGACGAGCUUACUGAUAUCUCCUGCACUUGUCACAUUGCCAUUAGUUGCCCAUAUGAGUUACAGCCUGGCCAGGCACUUAUCACGUUUGAGAGUGAACAAGUUGCCAAAGACAUUAUUAACAAAGGAAAGCAUAUCCUGAAAUUAAAUGGUGCAGAUGUAGAAGUGAGAGCUCAUGGAAUAAACCCAGAAAGAACAGUGGAGUUUGAGGUAAAUCUGGAUAUUUCUACCAAGAAACUAUGUGUUAGCGGACUGCCUGCUGACAUCCCAGAUCAGUUACUGAAGGACAAAUUGGAGCUUACUUUCUACAAGUCUAAUAUAGGAGGUGGAGAGAUUGAGGCGGUGGACUACAACAGGAAUAAAAACUCUGCCUGCAUUACAUAUCUACAUAAUGGAGUGGCUCAGCGUGUCCUAAAAAGGAGUCAACACCAGCUGGCAGUCGGGUGUGCUGAACAUGAAAUUACAGUGCAACCAGUUGUAGAACAACAUUUGCACAAACUGCAGAUAUGUUCUGGCAUUGUCAAAAGAACGGUGCUGUUGCGUGGGAUCAAAGUUGACCAAGAAAAUGAAGAUGACGUUGAGGAUAUUAUACAGAUUCAUUUUCAGAAAGCGAGCAAUGGUGGCGGUGAGGUGGAAGCAGUUGCGUUUGCCCUCGGAAAGAAUAAAGUGGCUGAUUUUGAGGAAGAUUUGAAUUAAGUCUGAAGCAUUUGUUCUGAAUCCUGUUCUAUAUUAUUACAUCCUACAGACAUGCCUGCAUUCAUUUAAAAAUCUUUAUAUAAAAACACAGCAAAUUUAUACCUGUAUUAACUUAUAAGUGUAAAUUGGCUGCUUCCUCCCUUUAGCAAAGCCCUGGCAACUGCACAAUAAUCUCUGGCGCUUUGAAGUUUAUAGAAAAGUGUUAACCAAUCAAAUAUGCCUGACAAAUAGGGGUGUGACAUCCAAGGAACAAUAGUAAAACAUAAGUUCUCUGUCUGUGGUUUCAAAUGGUCCUCUAUAGACUCUUGCCAAUCCUGUAACUACAGCAACACGGGAGCUUAUGUGGUAUCUGCAGAUGGACUCAAUGUCCAUGAUGGAUCCAACAAGUUUUAUUUGGAGAACACCAGACUUAAGCUGAGUGUACACUAUGCAACAUAGCUUACACUAUAUAUUGUUCCAACAUGGAUCAGAACAAUAGUGUAUAUCGUACACUUUAUAUCGUGUGUACCUGCAAUCCGUCGUACCCAAACAUCAUUCCUUGGAUCCUACCAUUGGAUGUGCUGAAUGGGAUGAUUCCACUGACGACGCAAUGUGUUCCCUGCAGUAUGUAAAGAUAAAUCGGACGUUGUACGAUAUAUCGUAUAGUGUGUAUGGUGGCGCAAUGUCUUGUUAUAUUGCGUUGCACAUCGUUCUAGUCUGUACCCAGUCUCUACUUAUAAACCGGUAGUGAUUUACUUAGCUGUCUGAGUGUCUCUUGGUGGUGGCAUACUGUAGCAUUAACCUUAUUUUUACUAUAUGCAAUGUACAUUAUUUUCUUUUUUUUUUUAAAAGAGGUCUCUUUGCUAAACUAUUGUACUUAUCAAUGUCCCAUGUUUGGGUAGUUCUCUGUCCACAAAAUUUGACAAUUCAUUCUUUGUUUAGUUAAUUGAUAAAUGGAUAACUGCCUUAUCCAUUAUCAUCCUGUUUAGUUAGUGCCAGCAGACAGCAAAUCUCAACUCCAUCAUGUAACAAUCCUUCUGGUGAAAAUAAAUUUGACAACUAA